UCUUCCCUCCCUAGCCAUCUCCUCCAGCACCCCAUCCCCAAUUCUUCUCCCUCUUGACCCUCCAAAACAAAAAAAAAACAAAAAAACAAAAAACCCAAAAAAAAAAAAUACAAACACCUCCCUCUGUAGUCCUCCUUCCAUGAAUCUCUGAUCGGUGUGGUGUGGUUUUCGCAAUGUCUCGCUAAUUUAAAUGUAUAAAUUAUGACGAGGAUGAGCAAGUAAGCGAAGAAUCACAUCCACUGAUCUGGGAAAAAUUAAAGAGAAAUGGAGGUGCAGAGGAUGAGGCAGCUGAUGUUGUUAUGGUCUAGAAUACAAAGCAACCGCGUGGCCCUCGUGGGUGGGAACCACACCGCCGCCCGAUUUUGCACCCGCUAAGUAUUUUGCCUCUCCGUGCUAUUU